UCAGGGUCUCCUGAUGGAGGAGCCAGAGACCAGGGGAAGGAGGAUACAGCAGCCACUGAGAAUUGCAGCCCUUCCCUGUCUGGGCCUGCUGCUUCAGACACAGCAGUGCAAGAGACUGCAGUGUCAGCCAGAGAUGACAAGCCACCUGACAGAGUCUCCUGGUCCAGGAGUCAAUAUGGGGCUUUUGGACCGUCUCUGCCAAAGACUGACUCAGACUAUUGGACGGACACCUUUCCGAAGGGACAGGACAAAUCCGGACUCCAUCCAGCCAGGCCCCACUGACUCUUCUGUCUCAGACACAGAGGAGCAGAAGGAGGCCCAAAAACAAGACCCGGGACCACAAACCCUGGCUGCAGGAGUGGGCAGCCACUGCAGCACUUUCUGUGCUGAACCUCCUGAUCCAGGCACCAAGCGAAAGGCCUCUGGCUCACCCAGGGGACAGCUCGCCCCAAUCAGUGAGGACGAGGAAAAGCCAAGGAAGAGCAGAGUCAGAGAAGCCCUUGCUUCUUUUAUACGGACAAUGGGGGCACAUGGGCUCUUGGAGAAAUCUGCAUCAAGACCUUUAAUUGACUUCUUGGUGCGUCAGUGCACCCUGAUCCUCGACAGCACGGAGGAAGCAGACAGGAGGCGCACCAUGGAGCUGGAGGUCCGCCAGCUCUGCUCCAGCACCCUGCAGUGCCUGGGUGACUCCCCCAGAAUGGCCAAUGGUGUCGGUCAAGCCACAGGGCCACUACCCCAGGAGCUACUGGCUCGGCUGCUGGUGCUCGCUGCAUCUUCGUAUAUGAUGGUGCAGGUCGGAAGGGCAGCCAUGUUCCUCCCCUUCCAGCUGAUCAGCAGGUUCCAGGCUGGGUCGGGCCGAUGCUGGGAUAACUACAUGACGGACAUGCUCCUUUACCCGGAAGAUCACAAGACCUGCUUCUGCCAGAGGGAGUGGGAGCAGCAGCUGCUGCAGUUCCUGGAAGACCUUCUCUUCUUCAUCUCGGACCAUACCUGGCUGGGCUGGUUCAUCGCUAGUAUCAGGUGCCAGCUGCCCACAGUGAUAAGCGUCCCAGUGACAAGGUCGGUGUCCUGGAAGGAAUUGGGGGUCAGUGCCUAGUUCAGAACAGCAGUCGCUACCCAGGGGCAGCUUGGGGCCAGUGAAGCAGAGAACUAUACCCAGUGGGCUCUGUGCAUGCCAGGCCGUGCCCAAUGCAUCCAGCUUGACGGUGUCUCUUUCGCAGAGCUUCCUCUCCAAGUGCUGGGGCACCGUGCUGAUGGUUUUUCCAGCAGAAAGAAUCAAGCCCCAGCUAUGGCUUCUGGUGGAGAUGGUUGAUUUCUGAGAAGAAGAGGAAAGAGAGGUGAGGUCUUUGCUCCUCCACGGUCAAGAGAUCCCUCAUUCCUUGUCAAUCCCCUGAUGCCACAUGUGUAUAUUCUGCCUUGGACAAGGUCCAGUGGAUUGAAAAGAUCUUCCUUAUACCCAUGCCCAUGGUGAUGACUUUGAGAGCCCAUCCUGGCCCCUUGGCGUAUUGCUCAGCAUUCCCAACCUCCAUCUUUCUGUCUCUCAGAGAUUUGCCCAAGUGCUUGGGCUGUGUGCUAGGCAACACCUAGGCGAGAUUUUCGCCAUCCUGGAGCACUGGGAGGAGUUCGUCAGCAGGGUGAAGUUCCAGCCUUCUGCCGGUGGCUCUCUGGAGGUAUGGUCCCACCUAGCGUCUCUGCUCUUUCAUCCAUCCCUUCACCAGCAUUUGCAGGUAAAGGGACCUGCCAGGGAGGACUCUGCUUCCCAGAAGCCUGUUCAAUGAAGAGCUGAAUUUCCAAGCAGUGGCUCAGCCUCCGUGGAGGGAGCCCUUUCCUUACUCCUCCAUGGAGCUGCAGUCACAGCACAAUGGGGUAGAUCCAGGGGGGAAGGUGGGUCCUGUUGUAUAAGCUCUCCAGGGUAUCUCCUGGGGAGCUCAGACAUGCUCCACCAGCCCCAUAAAGAAGGCUCAGAGAAGGCCCAAAAGACACUGCCAUACCAUCA